GAGUGGCUUUACCAUAUUUCAUCAAUGAAAAAAUUGUCGGUGAUAUAGGGAAUGACAUGAGAAUGGCAAAAAAUUUUCUUUCGCGUCGCCAGAAACCAUUUUCACGAACUUAUUUGCAAAAUUUAUUAUUUACACACUUAAAUACGUACAAAAUAUGAGACAGAAUUAUUCUUUUAUCGACGGUCGAAUAUGUCGUCUACGAUUCGUGUUAUCUUCUGGGUGAUAUACAUAAUUAAUUUUCGCUAUGGUUCGAGAAAGAAGAUAGUUUGUGAAAAAUUAUAUCACCACUUUUGUACGCGUUGUACGCAUAGAAUAUCGUGAACAGUAUUAACCUUAUUAUACGAAGAUCAAUAAUUUUUUAGCUGAUUGCAUGUAUUUAGGACUAGUCAGAAGAUUCAGUACGUUGAUUCUAUCAAGAAAUAUUGAUCCCCUGCAUGCUGUUAUAAUUCUUACGGAAUUAAGCGGUAACUAUAUUAUCUGAUAAAAUUUAUUUGGUUAUCGUUUACUUGUGCUUUUAUGGUGUCUUUUUAUCGUUAUAAGUGUUGACCGAAUAAACCUGUGUGCUGAUAUUUAAUAAUUAUACGUAGAAAUGGAUUAACAGUGCCGAGUAGAAAGUUUGGUUAUGCAAUUUGUCGACUUCUUUGAACGUAUAGUUAUUUAUUCGUAAUUAUUUGUCAUGACGAGUCAUUGAGAUCAAACUAAUCUCCUGGUAUUAAAGUCUACGCGAUUUUCUUUCAUGCAUAUCUAAGAUUUUAAUGUAUUUUACAAUUCCACAUUUGUGCAUACAUAUAUACAUAUAUAUAGGAUCAAAAGACCAAACUAUAUUGGGCAGAAACAUGGUUAAGCAUUAUGAGGACAGUGUGAUUUUCCAAUUUAAUUGGAAUCAAGUUGCACAAGCAUUUUGGCAGAGGUAUCCAAAUCCUAACAGUUCUCACGUAUUAACUGAAGACACUAUAUCAAGGAGAGUUAGAAAUGGAAUUCUAUAUACCACACGACUUCUAACAAAAACCAGCGGUGUGCCUAAAUGGGGAGAGAGGUUUAUAAAAAAAAAUGUUGUAAAAAUUGUUGAGGAGAGCACAGUAGAUAUGAAGACAAAGACUUUGACAACAUAUACGCGUAAUUUGGGCUACACCACAGUUAUGAGUAUCGUCGAGAAGGUUGUUUACAAAGUUUCUGACGAUAAUCCGAAUUGGACGGUAGCAAAGAGGUCCGCGUGGAUAGAUAGCCAAGCAUUCGGAUUUAGUAGAGCGCUUCAAGCGUUUGGAUUGGAAAGGUUUAAAAAGAAUUGUAAGGUGAUGUAUGCUGGCUUUAACUACGUUUUAGCGCAUAUGUUUCCACACACAGCGCAACACAUGAAUCCGACGCUUGCUCAAAUGGGAUUCGCUUAUCGUCUCGAUGAAACAGUUGGGGCAAAGACUAGUCUCGCGGAAGGUCUACAAACAUCUUUGCAAGGCAAAGCGGAGAAAGUAAAAGAUGUAGCGAAGAAAGCGAAAAAUUUAGCAAAGGACAAUGCUGGGUCGAUGUAUGCGGCAUAAACGUUGUAAACGAUGGUGUCUGCAUGAAAACUGAUAACAAAUGUUUAGAUAAAUUGAAAAUUGUAAGUCGUGAAAGAAUAAUUUAUAGACGCGAGAUCGAUCGAGUGAAAUCGAUACGACAAAAUCUUUAAUAAUUGUUGAUUUCGUUAAGAUUUGUUUGAAAAUUUAAGUUAGGACCUAUUCGAUCGUCGUUAACGACGGCCGUAUGAAAUCGUUGGAUAAAUCGAUUGGUGGCAAUAGCUUCCGUUUCGUUGUACACGUUGUCAUUCCUUUGAACUGCCAAUCUAUUUUUAAUCAGUGCCUAAGACUCGUUUAAUAACUUAUUAAAUCAUAUUGCGGUACAUUAUCGCGCAUAAUACAGCAUAAAGUUUAAACCGGAAAAUAUUUCGUUGUAUUUGAAUAUUUCAAAUUUACGUUUUUCCUUACUUGUGUUUACUUGAAUAAAUGUGACAAAAAA